AUGUCCCAACCCGACCCCAUGGCCUCGCACCUCAAGAUUGCGCUGAUACAGCUCCACGCAGAGGUCGCCCGGCCGGCAGCCAACUUUGCGCGUGCCGCGUCCUUUGUCCGCAGGGCCGCCGCCCACGGCGCCCAGCUCGCCGUCCUGCCCGAGUAUCACCUGGUCGGCUGGGAUCCCGCGUCGGCGGCGUGGCGCGCUGCGGCGCGCGAGGCGGCGCGCUAUCUGGAGCGGUACCGCGAGCUGGCGCGGGAGCUGUGCGUGGCCAUUGUGCCGGGGACGCUGCUCGAGGAGGAGGAGGAGGCGGACGAUGAUGAGGGUGGCGGCCAAGGCGCGGCCGCGGCGGCAGUCCCGCGACUCGCCAACGUGGCCUACUUCAUCGGCCCAGACGGCGCCCUGCUCGCGCGCUACGUCAAGAAGAACCUCUGGCACCCCGAGCGCCCACACCUGGUCGCCCCCGGCCCGCACCCGGCGCACACCGCCUUCGACACCCCCUGGGGCCGCAUGGGCCUGCUCGUAUGCUGGGACCUAGCCUUCCCCGAAGCCUUCCGCGAGCUCGUCGCCGCCCCCUCCGCCCUGGGAGGAGGACGAGGAGGAGGAGCACGCGUCAUCAUCGUGCCGGCCUUUUGGCUCGCCUCGGACGGCGGAGACGCCGGCGCCGCCAUCAACCCGGCCUGUGAGCGCGUCUUCCUCGACAGCGUGUGCGUCGCCCGCGCGUUUGAGAACACCUGCGCCGUCGUGCUCGUCAACUACGUUGGCCGCAGCCAGCUGGCUAUGCCGCUGCAGGGCGCUCUGGGGAGGCUUGACGCGGCUGAGGGCAUGAGCGUCGUUACUGUCGACUUUGGUGUCUUGGACGCGGCCGAGGAUGUGUACCGGGUGCGGAGGGACAUGGCCCAGGAAGGGUGGCACUAUGCCAGGAUGCAGCAGGUGGCGGGCCGGGGGGUGGGAGAUGAGAAGACGGCGUGA